GCGUUGCCAUUGGUGGGCGGCGUGGGGCGGAGCCUCAGGUCGUCGCCGGUGCCGCCGGGGUAAGUCCCCCACCUCCUUCAGAAUGACGCUGGACGUGGGGCUGGAGGAUGAGCUGCCCGACUGGGCCGCAGCCAAGGAGUUUUACCAGAAGUACGACCCUAAGGAUGUCAUUGGCAGAGGAGUAAGCUCUGUGGUCCGCCGUUGUGUUCAUCGAGCUACUGGCCAUGAGUUUGCAGUGAAGAUUAUGGAGGUGACAGCUGAGCGGCUGAGUCCUGAGCAGCUGGAGGAGGUGCGGGAAGCCACACGGCGAGAGACACACAUCCUUCGCCAGGUCGCCGGCCACCCCCACAUCAUCACUCUCAUCGAUUCCUACGAGUCUUCUAGCUUCAUGUUCCUGGUAUUUGAUCUGAUGCGGAAGGGAGAGCUGUUUGACUAUCUCACAGAGAAGGUGGCCCUCUCAGAAAAGGAAACCAGGUCCAUCAUGAGGUCUCUGCUGGAAGCAGUGAGCUUUCUCCAUGCCAACAACAUUGUGCACCGAGACCUGAAGCCCGAGAAUAUUCUCCUAGAUGACAAUAUGCAGAUCCGACUUUCAGAUUUUGGGUUCUCCUGCCACUUGGAACCUGGCGAGAAGCUUCGAGAUUUGUGUGGGACCCCGGGGUAUCUAGCACCAGAGAUCCUUAAAUGCUCCAUGGAUGAAACCCACCCAGGCUAUGGCAAGGAGGUCGACCUCUGGGCCUGUGGGGUGAUCUUGUUCACACUCCUGGCUGGGUCACCACCAUUCUGGCACCGGCGCCAGAUCCUGAUGUUACGCAUGAUCAUGGAGGGCCAGUACCAGUUUAGUUCACCUGAGUGGGAUGACCGAUCAAACACUGUCAAAGACCUGAUCUCAAGGCUGCUGCAGGUGGAUCCUGAGAAGCGCCUAACAGCUGAGCAAGCCCUACAGCACCCCUUCUUUGAGCGUUGUGAAGGCAGCCAACCCUGGAACCUCACCCCCCGUCAGCGGUUCCGGGUGGCAGUGUGGACAGUGCUGGCUGCUGGACGAGUGGCCCUAAGUACCCACCGUGUGCGGCCACUGACCAAGAGUGCCCUAUUGCGGGAUCCUUAUGCACUGCGGUCUGUGCGGCGCCUCAUUGACAACUGUGCCUUCCGGCUCUAUGGGCACUGGGUGAAGAAGGGCGAGCAGCAGAACCGGGCAGCCCUCUUUCAGCACCGGCCCCUUGGGCCUUUUCCCAUCAUGGGCCCUGAAGAGGAGGGGGACUCAGCUACUGUCACUGAGGAUGAGGCUGCACUGGUGCUGGGCUAGGACAUCAGCCCAGGGGAAUCCUAGAAAGCAAGACUUUCCAGGAAGAUUUUUAUUAUUCCAGCCCCUCUGGGCUCUAGCCUCUGGCCCCCCUGCCUAACCAGGCCCACCUGAUCAUGUUACUAUCAUAAAUACCAACCCUGUACACCUACCCCCGCUGGCCAGGGCCUUGAGAUCAGAGCUGGUGUGGAAAGGAGCCACUCCGAAUGCCAUGCCUGGCCGUGUUAGUGCUACAUAAGAAAUAAAAUCUGCUGCACACCAGG